AAUUUCAAUUAAUAAACAAUAAAAUAUAAUAUUGAUACAUAUGUAAAAAAGAAAAAAAAAAUGAAGUUAGUUUAUAGAAGGAAAAAAAGGGAAAGGGCAGGGGAUAGGGACGUGGGACCCAAAUAAACAGUUUAUUCGGCCGCCCCGCUUGUCGUCUCUUUCGUCUACGUCCUCCUCCGUCGUUUCUCUCUUUCUCUCUCCCCCCCGUUUGACUCAUUAAAAACAUUUCCCUUCUCUGUCUCUCUCUCUCUCUCUAUAUUUUAUGUACUUGCAUUGUUUAACGCAGAUAUAUAUAUAUAUAUAUAUAUAUAGCUUUGCAUUUUCUAUCUCUUUUAUUUGAAGAGUCUUUUUUCUCUUUCUCUCUCUCUCUUUUAUAUUUUCUUGGAGGUUCCUUGUUUCAGAAAGGAAGUGUCUCUUCUUGUUCAGAAAAAAAAAAUUCAGAACCAGGAAUCAAUCAAAAAGAAAAGGAGGGGACUGGGGUGAUAAUCUAGUACAAAGAAAAGACACCCCGAGAAACCAGAUAAGAGAAGAAGGGGGGGCAUACACAUGAUGAACUCUUGCUUUUGUUUGUUGUUAUGAUUCUGCGUUUGUGAAGAUUAGUUUCAUUUCCUAGGUGGGCUUUUAAUCCUCUUCCUUUUUGUUUUCCUUCUUGGUUUUUGGAGUCUGGUUUGUUGAGCCAUGGCUGGUAGCAAUGAAGUCAACCUCAAUGAAUCCAAGAGGGUUGUUCCGUUGAAUACAUGGGUCCUCAUUUCCAAUUUCAAGCUAGCAUACAAUCUACAGCGCCGUCCAGAUGGAACCUUUAACAGAGACUUAUCGGAGUUCCUUGACCGCAAAGUCUCUGCCAAUAUCAACCCUGUUGAUGGGGUUUUCUCGUUUGAUCAUGUCGAUGGAGCCACCGGUCUUCUUAACAGGGUUUAUCAGCCUUCUUCUCAGAAUGAGGCUCAAUGGGGCAUUGUGGACCUUGAAAAACCUUUGAGCACCACUGAGAUUGUUCCAGUCAUAGUCUUCUUUCAUGGUGGAAGUUUCACUCAUUCCUCUGCCAAUAGUGCUAUCUACGACACCUUUUGUCGCCGCCUCGUUAGCAUUUGUAAAGCUGUUGUGGUGUCUGUAAAUUAUCGCAGAUCACCUGAACACGGAUACCCUUGUGCAUAUGAUGAUGGUUGGGCAGCUCUUAAGUGGGUUAAAUCAAGAACUUGGCUUCAAAGUGGAAAGGAUUCUAAAGUCUAUGUUUACUUGGCUGGAGAUAGUUCUGGCGGAAAUAUAGCUCACCAUGUAGCCGUGAGAGCAGCAGAAGCAGAUGUUGAGGUAUUAGGUAACAUUCUUCUUCAUCCAAUGUUUGGUGGGCAGAUGAGAACAGAAUCAGAAAAGAGAUUGGAUGGGAAGUAUUUUGUCACACUGCAAGACCGUGAUUGGUAUUGGAGAGCUUAUCUACCAGAAGGAGAAGAUAGAGACCAUCCGGCGUGUAAUCCGUUUGGCCCCAGGGGCAGAAGCCUUGAAGGACUCAAGUUUCCAAAAAGUCUUGUUGUUGUAGCUGGUUUGGAUCUCAUUCAAGAUUGGCAAUUAGCAUAUGUUACAGGACUUGAUAAAUCCGGUCAAAAGGUGAAACUUCUUUUCCUAGAGAAGGCUACAAUCGGGUUCUACUUCUUGCCUAAUAACGAUCACUUCUAUUGCCUCAUGGAGGAGAUAAAGAACUUCGUGAAUUCUAACUGUUAAUAGUCUACUUGACCUUAACUACAGGCAGAAUACGUAAACAAAGCUUGACAAUUCACUCCGUAUUUUCCCUUUCGAAGUCGUGGUGUGUAGUUAUAAGCUUUUGUAGUGUUAUUACUUCUUACUUAUUUUUGUGGUGGUGGUGGUCGAAUUCUUCACCUCUGGGGACCGGUUGUUUUCACUUGGAAGACGAUUUCCUAAGGUUUUCUUUUAGAUGGAUAAAGAUAUUAUUGUGAGAAGGCCUGUUUCAUUGGUUCCAAGGAUAGGAACUUGUUUAUAAAGUUGAUGGCAUUCGCUGAGCCGCCAGAUAUAAAAAUGCUUACCCCAGUCAGCUUCCGGCCACAAAGAGAAGUGUAUGGGUAAAUGUUUGGUGGUUGAUCAAUUGGUUCAAAGAAUUGGUAAUUGUUUAGCACUAAUUUCAGAACAAGGAUUGGAAUAUAUCCAUCUUGUUAUGAACUUGUAAUUUAUAUACUUGUGUUCUAGAGUUAAAUAUAAAGAUUUGGUUCUCUGUCAAA